UCUAACCUUUAAUUGAAGUUUAAAAAAAAAAAAAAAAAAGUGAAAGUGGGGGAAAAUCACAUUAGGAAAUAAAUAUUUCCUGCCAGUUCCUGUUCUCUUAUUGUAAGUCAAAUGAGCCAGAUGACGGAGACUCUCACCUUUUGUUUGUAAUGGCUCUUGGUGCUUCUGCCCCAAUCUUUGGGCAGUUAUGCUGAUUGGAUUAGGAGUUGUUAAAUGGGGCAUGUUGCUAUACCUGAAUACUUCAUUUGCAUGCCUUGUUUAAGGUCGUCACCCAGGUGCUUUGUCUCCAUUCCUAAGCACUGCCCCCUAAAUGUAUAUAAACUACAAUGUAUCACUGCCUUAGUUAGGCUUUUGAUGACGCAGCGCGUUCUCAAUAAAGAACUCUGCUGAAAAUACCCAAGAGUCUCCUGGUCUUCGCUUCUGAGUUUCCAACACAUGUGAUUAUAUACACAUACAGUGUGUAAAAGUGCCAUAAUGUGAGCAGAUGAAAACCACUUAAAGCAAACAAUAACUCCUCAAAUGAUAAUUACAUAAUACAUACAAAAAAAUCCUGAAACUUCCAUUACAAACAAACAGAUACACAACAAAAGGCAUACCCAGAGAACGAGCUGCGCACAGUUUUGUGAAUAAUUCCACCCACCAAAACCCUGACGUCAACCUUUAAUGGGGACAGUAGACUCAGCGGGACUUCUGACCCCACUACAUGAAGGCUAAAGCGGAGAACAGAGCCUGACCAGACUGUUUUCUAAGCAAAGGUUUCUCUUUGAAGCGACACCAGUGAUGUCACUGUUGACCUUUAAAUGUGAAAGAAAAUGAAAAAUAUAUUUCAUUAUCUAUGUGCAUCUGAUCUGAGAACAGCGUGGCUCUCUGUGAUAGAAAUGUUUUAUAGGUUACUGAUUGUGAGAGCUUUUCUGAAAUCAGUUUCAAGGAUUUUAGUUGAUAAGGAAACUAUUCUAGGCUACAUACAGAGAGGAAAGAGAGAGGCAGCCUGUAGGACAGAAAGUCUGCUGUGAUUGGCCACUGUGCAUUGAAAUAUAUGAUGGACUGACCUGACCUGAACAUUAAAACUACACACUGACCACAGAGUAACUCACAGACCUCCACUGCAGAUCAUCCAAACAGAGCUGAUCAGUAUUAUCAGUCACAAUGUGGAUCCUCCAGAAAAUGCAGGCGGGAGCAGAAAGUCUCCCGGUGCAGAUCAAUCACCUCAUCAGCAAAAACAAAGAGGAGAUUUCAGCCAAGACCAGCAUCUUCAAUAAACUGCACAGCAACGUCCUCACACCUGAUAAAAUCCCUGACUUUUUCCUGCCGCCCAAGCUUACCAAGCGCUGCCUCAUGGCAGACGCUGAAAAAAUCUCACAGUGUCUGAACGAAGAAAAAAAAGCUCCCAGCUUCGCAAAAACAUCACUGUCAAGACCUGGUGCCAUCCAGCCAUUGAGAGCGAGUCUAAAUAAAUCUACAGCGGCUUUAAACAAACUCAAACCCAUCCCAUAUUCACUGAAAUGCUACGAGUCCGGUUUAUUCGAGAGUCCAAACACACGUCGCAAAGAGUCUUUGUUCCAUUCGACACUAACCAGUUACACACUAGAGCGAAUGACCAUCAAAACACCCAAACUGUCCUGCAGAGCAGUGCUGAAGACGGCCAGCACUGAGAGUGAUACGCCAUCUGCUGACUCCUCCCCUUACUCAACACCUCCACCAAUCAGAAGAGAGGAUUUCACCAUCUCUGAAGAGCCGCUUCAGCAAGAUGUUCAUGCCUCCAGAGACGAGAAAAAGAAAGUUCACUCCACUCCAAACAAAAAGUUCACAUCCAAAGUCCAUCACCGUGCGAAAGUUAUUCAAACGUCCCGUUGCGCCAAACUAGCCCCGCCCAUCCAGUUCCCACUGGACAUGCUGCACUGCCAGGAACGCUUCCAUCAGGAGCACGUGCUUCCUCUUCCUCAGAGAGGCCGAGUGCGCGUCUCUGCCUUCAGGACCAGCGCGGCCCAGUGCUCUACGACAAUUCGCAUCCGCGUGAUCUCGGUGGAAGGCUUGAGAGAUCCCACUGACCUUCGACCUCUGACCUGCAGCUUGACCCUAAACCUCACCCCAGGCAAGCUGCAGCGGCAACACAGCGCCAUCAUCAGGAACUGCCGCAACCCUGUUUUCAAUGAAGAUUUCUUCUUCCAGGAGCCCGAGGAGCAGCAGGACAGUCUGGGAGAUCUGGCGCUCAGACUGAAGGUGCUGGAUAAGGCCUCAGGACUGGGCCGAGGAGUGGUGCUGGGAAUUGUCAUCAAACCUCUCUGUCAGCUACUGCCACUGUGA